UGCCCGGGUUGGAAGCGAGCACGGAGAUCCGUAGGGGGGAAGUGAGUGAGCACGGAGAUCCGUAGGGGAAGUGUGGCUGCUGUUAUGGCGGACCCGGCGGCACAGAGCUCCGCGCAGCCCCGGCUUCAGCAAGCGCAGUCCAGCGGCCCGACGGGCUCCAACCCGAACCCCGGAGCCGGGAGCAGCGACCCUGCCCGACCAGGCCUGAGCCAGCAGCAAUGGUCCAGCCAGAAGAAAGCCCAAGUCCGCUCGUUUCCGCGGGCGAAAAAGCUGGAAAAACUCGGAGUGUUUUCAUCCUGCAAGGCGAAUGAUGCUUGCAAGUGUAAUGGCUGGAAAAACCCCAAUCCACCUACAGCAGCUCGUAUGGAGCUCCAGCAACAGGCCGCCAGUCUGACAGAGACCUGCCGAAGCUGUGGACACUCUUUAGCGGAGCAUGUGUCCCACCUGGAGAAUGUGUCUGAGGAGGAGAUUAAUCGGCUGUUGGGGAUGGUGGUGGACGUGGAGAAUCUCUUCAUGUCUGUCCAUAAAGAAGAAGACACGGACACCAAGCAAGUCUACUUUUAUUUGUUCAAGCUGCUGAGGAAGUGUAUUCUGCAGAUGGGGAAGCCAGUGGUGGAGGGCUCUCUCGGUAGCCCUCCCUUCGAAAAACCCAACAUAGAGCAGGGGGUGUUGAACUUUGUUCAGUAUAAGUUCAGUCAUUUGGCUCCUAAAGAGAGACAGACCAUGUAUGAGCUCAGUAAGAUGUUUCUGCUCUGUCUGAACUACUGGAAGCUGGAGACACCAUCACAGUUUCGGCAGAGAACUCAGAAAGAGGACACGGCGGCGUACAAAGUCGAUUAUACUAGGUGGCUGUGUUACUGUCACGUUCCUCAGAGCAAUGACAGUUUGCCACGGUACGAGACCUGUCAGGUGUUCGGCCGCAGUUUGUUGAAGUCCAUCUUCACAGUCACCCGCAGACAGUUAUUGGAGAAGUUUAGAGUGGAGAAGGACAAACUCCCACCGGAGAAACGCACCCUCAUUCUCACACACUUUCCAAAGUUUCUUUCCAUGUUGGAAGAGGAAAUCUAUGGAGAAAACUCUCCCAUCUGGGAGGCAGACUUCACGAUGCCAGCCUCAGAGGGCACACAACUGGGCCAUCAAACAGUACUGAGUCCAGUGUCCAUCUCCGGCUCUCCUCACAGUAAGGGCAGUAGCGCUUCUGCUCUGGGUGUUACAGGAUUGGAUGUAGCUUCCUCUGAACCAACAAUCGGUGAGAAGCGAAAGCUGCCUGAAGCGCUGACUCUGGAGGAUGCCAAGCGGAUCCGAGUGAUGGGUGAUAUUCCCAUGGAGCUGGUCAAUGAAGUUAUGAAGACCAUCACAGACCCCGCUGCCAUGCUGGGCCCAGAGACCAGUCUACUGUCUGCAAACGCUGCACGCGAUGAAACUGCUCGUCUGGAGGAGAGGAGAGGCAUUAUUGAGUUCCAUGUGAUCGGUAACUCCCUCUCUCAGAAGUCCAAUAAGAAGAUUCUAAUGUGGCUCGUGGGCUUGCAAAAUGUUUUCUCCCAUCAGCUUCCCCGCAUGCCCAAAGAAUACAUCACGCGCCUUGUGUUUGAUCCGAAGCACAAGACGUUGGCUCUGAUUAAAGAUGGCCGUGUGAUUGGAGGGAUCUGCUUCAGGAUGUUUCCCACUCAGGGAUUCACAGAGAUUGUCUUUUGUGCUGUCACCUCCAAUGAACAGGUCAAGGGCUACGGCACACAUCUGAUGAAUCAUCUUAAGGAGUAUCACAUCAAGCACGGCAUUCUGUACUUCCUCACGUAUGCAGACGAAUACGCCAUCGGCUACUUCAAAAAACAGGGCUUCUCCAAAGACAUCAAAGUGCCGAAGAGCCGCUACCUCGGCUACAUCAAAGACUAUGAGGGAGCCACGCUGAUGGAGUGCGAGCUCAAUCCCAGAAUUCCCUACACAGAACUCUCGCACAUCAUCAAGAGGCAGAAAGAGAUCAUCAAGAAACUGAUCGAGAGGAAACAGAAUCAGAUCAGGAAAGUGUAUCCUGGUCUCACCUGCUUUAAAGAGGGUGUGCGGCAGAUCCCUGUGGAGAGUAUACCAGGCAUCAGAGAGACUGGUUGGAAACCCAGUGCCAAGGAGAAAAGUAAAGAGCUGAAAGAUCCAGAUCUGCUCUACAACAUGCUAAAGAAUCUACUGGCACAGAUUAAAACGCAUCCAGACGCCUGGCCGUUCAUGGAGCCGGUGAAGAAAUCUGAAGCUCCAGACUAUUACGAGGUCAUUCGCUUUCCUAUCGACUUGAAAACGAUGACGGAGCGUCUGAAGAACCGGUAUUACGUGACAAAAAAGCUGUUUAUCGCCGACCUGCAGCGAGUGAUCACCAACUGCAGAGAGUACAAUCCUCCGGACAGCGAGUACUGCAAGUCUGCCAACACCCUGGAGAAGUUUUUCUACUUCAAGCUGAAAGAAGCCGGACUCAUUGACAAGUAAAGGGCAUCUAGACUAACACAAGGGACCAGUUAGGUAGUAUAGAGGGUGUGUUUACGUGCACACAAACACACAUGGUUUAUCUCACAUUAAAACCUGUCCAAAGUUGCUGCUUUCCGUUACUUGCUUCAUCCUUAAAAUGGUUAGUUCACGCAAAAAUUCUAAUUCUGCCAUUAAUAGCUCAUUCCAAACCCCGGAGAUCUCUUUGUUUGUCUUCAGUACACAAAUUAAGAUAUUUUAGAUGAAAUCCUGGAGCUCUCGCUUUCUCCAUAGACAGAAAUGGUCAUUCAAAGUGCAGAAAAAUACCGAAAAACAUCCUCAAAACAGACUUCAGUGGUUCAAUUGUAAUUUUAUCAAGGUACAAGUAUACUUUUAUGCAUGCAUAAAACAAAAAUAACAAGAGUUUCUUCUUCUCAGUGUCAGUAUAUUGCGCACGUUCAUGAUUAUAUAUUUCUUUAUGCGAAGAAGAAACUAUUGGAUAAUGUUGUUAUUUUUGUUUUAAUGUGUGCACAAAUGUAUUCUCAUAGCUUCAUAGUAUUGUGAUUGAACUGUUUCAAAGACUGUUUUUUGGUAUAACAUCUCGGGACCAUUGCUGUCUAUGGAGGAUGAGGGAGCUCUCCGAUUUCAUCUAAAAUAUUUUUAUUUAGGGAUUGGAGCAAGAUGAUGGUGAGUAAUGUAGAACUUAAUUUUAAUUUCGGGGUGAACUAACCCUUAAAACAGUGUAGUUAUGGAACUCUAGGUUGUUUCUGUGUGCAUGACUCAGGAUCAGUUACAAUUUCCUGAUAUUUUUUGUCUCCCUUUUGUCAUCCAAGAUUGCCAUGGGUUUUUUUUUUUCAGUUGUAAAGAAAUUUUGAGGUUUUUGAGGAAAACGUACAUGAUUUUUCUUCACAUUCCUCCACAUUUUUAUUUGUAUGGGGAAAAAUCCAGUAAUGUUUUGCUCAAAAACAUUCAUUUCUGUUCAACUAAAGAAAUAAAUAAAGAAUUCAAAAUCUUUGAUGGCAAGAUAGUGAGUAAACAAUCAGGGAAUUUUGGAAGUUGAACAGUAUCCUUUAAGAGAAAAUGGAAACUGAAAGCGUGUUUGUUUUGGGCGUCGACUUCUCCUUCAUCUGCCAUUAAUGCAGUGAGUCACACAGACCACAAGCUGUUGCUCUGCAUGUGCAACUUGUUCAGUUGUGUAACUCAAAGUCUUAUCCUGACCUGAGAUGCUGCAGCCAAAGACGGACAAUGUUUGGCCUCUGGUGAUCAAGUCACAGCAGUGCUGCCAUUUUCUGCCAAAGCUGUUCGAAACAGCCGGUUAGUCAUAUACAGGAUGUGCCUAUUCAGUAUAAACUUCUGGUUAAAAUUUGACAUUAGUAAGAUUUUUUUUCAAAACAUGGCUCUUCCGCUCACAAAGGCUGCAUUUAUUAGAUUAAAAAUGAAUGGAAAUUGUGAAUAUUAUUAGAAUUGACACAUUUAGCAAGUUUUCUAAUUGAAUGUUGUUUAAAAUGUCAUUUAUUCCUGCGAUCCUGAUUUUUCAUCAUUAUUACUCCAGUAUUCAGUGUCACAUGAUCUUUCAGAAGUGAUUGUAAUAUGAAUAUUUUUUGCUUAAAUUUUUAUUAAUAUUAUUAUAUUAUUAUUAUUAUUGUUAUUAUUACCAUUAUUAUUUUUAGCGUUGGGAACUGAUUUCGUAAAUGUUUUAUUUUGAUAUUAAGUAAAUGCUUUUAUUGAAAGCUUUCCUUUCAUUAUUUAAUACCAUUUUCAUAAGGUGAAGUAGGAAAAAAAUGCUUCAUUGAUUUUUAUAAAUGAACCAUUGUUAUUUAUUAUUGAGUAACAAUAAUAAUAAAACUGCUAUUCAGCAUAUUCAACACAAUCUCACGGCAAUUCGAAACGGCAAUUCAUUUGUAUACUUUAGUACGAUUUACUUGUCCCCCAAUGACGGUUGGGUUUAGGGGUGGGGUUGGGUGCCACGCCUCCUUUUCAAAAUCGUACAUUUUCGUACCAAUUAGCUACUAAACUAACAAAAUGUAAAAUAGUCACGUUUCCUCAUGAGAUCAGGCUAGCAUAUUAUAAUUAAUUCUGAAGGAUCAUAUGAAGACUGCUUUCCUAUCACAGAAAUUAAUCGAAUUUUAAACUACAAGCCAGUUAGAAAACUGCCAACUUUAAUGUUUAAACUAACCUCAAUGAGCCGAAUAUGCUUUGAAAACAAUUUUAUAAAAUCUCACCGUUCACAACAUUUUGACUGGUCGUGUACAUCUGAAAAUAUGAGAGAAAUCUCCUUACUUACUUUCUUUUUGAGUUCC